UUCUAUGUCUGCAACUUGACAAGUCCAUGUGUCAACGGUGCAUGCUGUGGUGUGAACGAUGGUGAAACCAAUGGCCUUUGUGGCUAUGAUCCCGACAAAUCUUGUGGCUCUACAUGCGUGAGCAAUUGCAAUGCAACUGCAGAAUGCGGCAAAUGGGCUGCCACUGCUGGCACGACCUGCCCAUUGAAUGUUUGCUGCUCCGAGUUCGGUUUCUGCGGUACAACAUCCGAGUUUUGCAACGCCGGUACAGACGGCGGCAAGUGCCAAAGCAAUUGCUAUCAACCAACGCAGCCUUCCUGCAAAUCGAACGACGUUCUCAAGAAGGUCAUUGGCUAUUAUGAGAGCUGGUCUGCUGAACGGACAUGUGAUUCAUGGUCUCCAAGCAAUCUCCCCGUGCAGAGCCUGACACACAUCUAUUGGUCGUUUGCUCUUUUCAAACCCUGGAAUGAUGGCUGGAAUGUUUACCUGAUGGAUGAGGACAAGAUAUCGAACUUGAAUGACAUGGUGGCUGAUUUCAUUGCUUUGAAAGAUGACAACCCGUCCUUGAAGUGCUUCUUGUCUGUUGGCGGCUGGUCAUUCAAUGACGGUGAUUCGGCGCACUAUUGGUCUGACAUGGCAUCUACUGAAUCUGGCCGAAAGUCAUUCGCCAAAGACUUAUUGCGGACGUUGCAGCAAUACGGCUUUGACGGUGUUGACUUGGACUGGGAGUAUCCUGUCGCUUCGGAUCGUGGUGGCAGCAAGGAUGACAUGGAAAACUACGGCAAGUUGAUCAAGCAAGUUCGCUCAACCUUUGACGACAGUGGUUCAAGCCUUGGAAUCUCAUUCACCAUUCCAUCGAGCUACUGGUAUCUCCGCCACUUUGACGUGCCCGCCUAUUUGCAAGAAGACGGAGCCGACUGGGCGAACAUGAUGACCUACGAUCUUCACGGUGUCUGGGAUGGCACAGACCCAUACAUUGGGAAUAUCACUGGAGCGCACACAAACUUGACAGAGAUUCAACAAUCCAUGGACCUUCUUUGGCGAAACAAUGUUGAUCCAUCAAAGAUUGUUUUGGGCAUUGGUUUCUAUGGUCGAUCUUUCACACUCAAGGACUCUUCAUGCACUGGCGUCGGAUGCCCCUUCACUGGAGGAGGGCAGCCUGGUCGAUGUACAGAUGCUUCUGGGAUUCUCUCAUAUAAUGAGAUCAUGGAGAUCGUUGAGAAUGUUGAUGUCCAGGGUCCCAUCUGGGAGGAAACUGCAGCAGUCAUGUAUGUCACCUGGGACGACAACCAGUGGGUAUCGUACGACAACAAUGUCACAAUGAAGCAGAAGGUCGAUUGGGCCAAUGAUCACUGCCUAGGCGGAGUCAUGAUCUGGGCCUUGGAUCAGGAUACAUACGACUGGCAAGCUUUAACUGCCCUGCUGAACAAAGAUGUCAGCUCCGCUUCCCUGCUAGAAGGAGGAUCUGAGAACUCACUGAGUGCCAAGGCAUUAGCACAUGCAUACAAUCAAUAUACUGGUACUGAUUGUUAUGUCACUGGAUGCGUGGACUAUAACUCUGGAUCAUGUAAAGCGGGUUACAGUGUUUUGGAUUACGUUCACAGAGCCUCUUACGGAACCAUCACUGACCCCGAUGAUCAUCUUUGCAAAACUGGCGAUACGACCGAAUAUGAGGAUUCAGACUCAGAAUAUCGUCUGAUCUGUUGCCCAACAGAUGCAAUGCCGACAUGCCAGUGGACUGGCGGCUCAUCCGAUGGCAUGUGUACUGGUGGAAAGGAGAAAACAUGUGGCUCAAAUGAAUUUGAAAUUGUCAAGGACUCUUACUCUGACCGGACAGGGUCUACCCCGUGCAUGGUCAAUAGUCGAUCGCUUUGCUGUGCCACCGACCCCAAUCUUGACACUAUAGUGAACUCGUGUUUCUGGACCGCCUGCAACGGAGAAUGCAUGAAAACUGAUAUUGAGUACCCGGAAUAUGCUCUCAAGCCCGGCACUAAUCUCAACGAAGACUCUGAGUACUGCUCUGGAAGUGAGGUUUCGACCUUUUGCUGCCCAUUUGACAAUGGUUACGAGAAUUGUGAAUGGACUACUUGUACCGAGUCUUGCGCUAGUGACAAAGUUCUCCUCACCCAACGCUCAGCUUUACUAAAUGGCAGUCUCCCCCAAUAUUGCCAUGAAGGAGGCAUGUACAAGUUUUGCUGUGAUGCACCUACUCCAACUGUCAACCCUCCCGUCGACCCCUCCGCCAUAUUUGAGUACCCAGAUGAGAAAAACUACAGCUAUUACCUGAAGCACGAGGACACCGACAACAACGAAUCAUCCGACUUCGAGCAAGAGAACCCUUACGCAUUUGUGAUGGUGGAUGGUGACACGGAUGCAUACGACGAGUCUCUUGUGGAUCAGUGGACAUUUUUGGAAGAUGGAGGUCUCAACUCCAAGAGAGAUGGCGGUCCACGCAAGAAGCGAGACAUCUUCACAUUCCGCGAGGACACGUUUGACAACGUCGUUGAGACUUACAUUAUUCGCUGUGCGAGCCUCGAUGAAGAUACCGGGUGUAAGACCAUUUUCUCCGGUGGUGCAUCAAACACCAUUGUCAAGAUGCCUUCUUACCACGGAUCUGGACCCUACGCUCGUGUCAUCAGCUUGGUUCCACAGCACUCUUCAGAGAAGCGGAGUAAUAUCCUACCGCGGGACACAAACCAGGCGUAUGAACUCACUGUGGAUUAUGACCUGGCUUCCGCUUCGGAGGAGGAGAAGGGAGACGUCAACUUUCGGGUCGACUAUACGAAUUUGCUUGACUACUGGGAGGAUAUUACGGAGGAUCCACCCCAGAAGAGGAAGAGAUGGUUUGGCGCCUUCAAGCAAUGGCUGAAGAAAGUCACCACAAUUGUCAAAAACAGCUCUGGAUACCUACCUCUGAACUACUAUGACACGAUCAAGUUGUUCCAUUGGGAUGAGAAGUGCAGCGGCAAACAAAUGUCACUGGACAUCGAUUCUACUCUCGAUAUAGGUCUCAAUGCGCAAUACGCGUACUACUUUGAAGGCGCGAUUUUGCCCACUCCCAAGUUGAUUUCUUCUUAUGCAUACUUUUCGGUUGCUCCUGCAGCAGAGAUUCUUCUGACCAUGCGAGGAGAAGCAGCAUUCCAGACCAGCAGCGACAAGAUCGAUAUUAUCUCCGGUGUGACAUUCCCUGGGCUUUCCAUCAAGGGACUUAUCAGCAUCGGCCCAGAGCUCGCCCUUUCCGGUAAAAUGGAUGCCUCGAUGGUGGUUUCAGGUGAACUUAACGCUGGUGUUGUUGUGGAAUUCCCUAAAGCAGAAGUGUUCUUCCCACAAGAUUCAGAUGGUGAGGAUGCCAGUGUUCCCCCGUCUUCUCUCAAAAACGAGGAUGGCAAGGAUGCCCCGAAUCAAUUCUCCGUCACACCUCAGUUCGAAGCUUCAGCGUCGGCAUCGGGCAACUUGGCUUUGACUCUUACCCCUGAGGUCAAAUUCGGUAUAUCUGUUCUGAAUGGAAAGUUAAUGGAAGGCUAUGUUACCGCGGGAGUCGAGAACACUGUCAGUUUGGGUGUUAGUGCUUCGGCGUCGACAGGUCUAUCGAGCGGGUCUUCUGCAGAAUUCUGCUACUGGGCAGACUACGAUUAUUCGGUAUUUCUGCAAGCAGAUGCCUCAUUCCUUGGCGACGUGGCAUACUGGGGUGAUCGAUAUGAGAUCGCCUCUCCAGAAGAUCCCAUCGCACUUGUUGACAAAAAAUGUCUAGCUUACUCGAGUGAUGUGGAUGAAAAGAGGAAGCGUGAUUCAACAAGCUCGGCUCUGGUCAAAAACACAACUGGCUCACCUUUCUUUAGUGGAUGGUGUCAAUGUGCCAACAAGAAUACUCAACUUACUAACGAAACCUUGAGUUGCUUGGAUACAGAAGACACCUCGUCAACUGCUAAGCGUGCUAACACCGCACCAACUUGCUACCUCCCACCGGCGUUGUUUUACAACUGUGACUGGUUCCCAACAACGAGAAUCAACAACCUCAACACUGACACAAAUGGACAAACUCCUCACGUCGAUCUCAGGGGCAUUUGCGAAAAUGUCAAGAAAUACCUGGACCGGAACUCGGGCAAGCAAUAUGUUUGGCCCAAUUGGAUGCGCCUGACCUAUCAGCCGGAUCCAACGCAUGCUAACCGGGUCGACGCAUGUACUCAGAAAUCGAAGGAAUGUACGAAGUUGAAGAGGUCCCUUUGGCCCAAGGAUGGAAAACAGCCCCAGGCGCUGACCAUGUCCUGUGAUGAGUUUCCCUCUAAGAUCAAUGGCCAACUUUCUUACAUCAAGUACACCCCAACGGGCCAAACCGCAUCGAAAUACUGGAAGGACUCGUCAUGGACAGGGCCGACAAGAUACUACACCAUGAACCUUUUCAGCUACACGAACACCCAGAACAACCUCGGGACAGUAGGUGGUAUAUUUUCCUCAGGUGCCACGAACAAUCCUUCCAUGAACCCAGGGACAGGACUCCUCCAUGUUUUGGGUGGUAUCAACCUCCAGGGAAACCCUGAACUUUCACUGACCAACAACGGCAUCUGCCUCGUGUACCCUUACAAGAAGAAGGCCCCUGGUGCGCUUAAGGUCGAUAUGCUGGAAAGCAAGCCCUGCAAGAUCCAAUUCGAACCCCCGGCUACCAUCGCAGCCAGAGGUUUGGACCCUAAUGACCCUGACAACUGGGUGGUUACAAAUGUCACACUUAGCGACGAUCCCUUCGAGGAAGAUAGUCCGUUCAAGGAGAUGGCCGAUCAACUCAACGAGAUCGGCUUGGCGCAUGAUGAUGAUAGUACAGAGCCUGAAUUUGUCACUGCGAAGCGGAGUCACAGUCAUCACCAUGGCUCACACAGACAUCAUAUAUAG